CCCGUCCCCUCUGUCUUUUUCUCCCGCAUCCUCCUCUGCUGCAUCAGCACCAGCAGCACCAGAGCAUCUCUGAGCGUCUCUGAGCGUCUCUCAGCUGCAGCUCCUCCGUGCGUCCCGUGUCUCUGCCUGUGCCUCCUGCUUCUUGUUGCCUCUCCCUCCUGCUCCCCUCAGCCACUGACUGGCAGCCUCAGCCCUGGGGCAAUAAGAGAGAGCAGCAUCCCCUCCAUCCCUCCAUCAGUCCAUGCGCCUCUCCCCUCCUCCCUCCCCCGGACUCUGCAGCAAUAGGGGGAGUCUCCUGGAGGGAAGGAGAGAGUAAGGGGAGCUGAGAGAAGAAGGACAAGAACAGGGGGCUCAGCCAGGGAAAGGCUGAUAGAAAAAGGACAAGGAAAGAGGAGGAGGAGGAGGAGGAGGGAGAAGAAGGGCAAGUUGGAGGAUUGGAAGAGGAGGGCAGCGUGAUUUUUCCUGGAGGGUGGGGGGAGAGGGUCCCUGCAAGAGGAGCCAGCAGAAGGUGAGGAGCUGCUGUGAGACUGAGUGAGGUGCAAUUUCCACGCAGGAAGCAUGAGGGAUCGGACCCAGGAGCUGAGGAGCGCUAAAGACAGCGACGAUGAUGAGGAGAUUGUGCAGGUGGACCGGGACCAUUUUAUGGACGAAUUCUUUGAGCAGGUGGAAGAGAUCCGGGGCUGUAUUGAGAAGCUGUCAGAAGAUGUGGAGCAGGUGAAGAAGCAGCACAGUGCUAUCCUAGCUGCACCAAACCCUGAUGAGAAAACCAAGCAGGAGCUGGAGGAUCUUACUGCCGACAUCAAGAAAACGGCCAACAAAGUUCGCUCCAAGUUGAAAGCAAUUGAACAAAGCAUUGAGCAGGAGGAGGGAUUGAAUCGUUCUUCAGCUGAUCUGCGUAUCCGAAAAACCCAGCAUUCUACUCUGUCCCGCAAGUUUGUGGAGGUGAUGACAGAAUACAAUGCAACGCAAUCCAAGUACAGGGAUCGCUGCAAGGACCGCAUCCAGAGACAGCUGGAGAUCACUGGAAGAACAACAACCAAUGAAGAACUUGAGGACAUGUUGGAGAGUGGAAAGCUGGCAAUAUUCACAGAUGAUAUCAAGAUGGAUUCCCAGAUGACCAAACAAGCUCUAAAUGAGAUAGAGACAAGACACAAUGAGAUCAUUAAACUGGAGAACAGUAUCCGGGAACUGCACGACAUGUUUGUAGAUAUGGCCAUGCUGGUGGAAAGCCAGGGGGAGAUGAUCGACCGAAUUGAGUACAACGUGGAACACUCUGUGGAUUAUGUGGAAAGAGCAGUGUCUGAUACGAAGAAAGCUGUUAAAUAUCAGAGCAAAGCGCGAAGGAAGAAGAUUAUGAUAAUAAUCUGUUGUGUAGUACUCGGUGUAGUCUUGGCUUCCUCUAUCGGAGGGACCCUGGGACUCUGAAAGAAUCAAAUGCACAGAUUCAGAUAAAGGAAAGAAAGGAAAACAAGAAAAUAUUCAAUUAAAAAUACAAAAAAAUUAAAUAAAAAAAGAAAUCACAAAAUUUACAUGGCAAGUAUUGGAAGCACAGCUUGGAAAGGCUUUCAGUGUGUCAGCCCAUUUCGCCUCUGCGGUUUUCACGCAGGAAUUAGGUUACCAUCAGCUAAUUCAAGCCCAGGGGGUGUUCUUUGCCCUGAUGGAGUGAAUUAAACCCACUGCUGCUUCGCAAAAGCGGGUUACCUGACGUGAACCUAAAGCCAAAGCUUCAUCUGUCACCCACAGCUCCUGGGGCGAAAAAGGGUGCAAAAUUCCCAAAUCCUUGUUUUAUUUCUGUGUCUGUUUUCUUUUUACAAAUUUGUUUUUCAUUUGUUAAGGUUAAAAAAAAAGAAAACAAAAAAGUGUAUUUGACGUUGCUGGACGUUUUCCACAGGGACCCCCGGACUGAUGGUGGUGGCGGAGGGUCCGGCCUGGCGCUUUACUUUGUCUUUUAUCUUGACUGGUGGCUGAGUGUGUUUCUGUUACCUGCCAAAGUCUUGUGUGUGUGUGUUUUCUCGCUUGAAUUCCUCCGGUUUCAGUCAGGGGAUUAAGGUUGGGGGAGAGAAGCUGGCGUGUGUGCUCAUUCUAUGUCAGAGGAAGAAUGUGCAGAGCAAAUGGAUGCUAGAGAAGAAGGGCACUGAACAAAAAAGCAUCUGUUGGCUAUCCCUGUUGUGUCCUUGAACUGUGUCAUGGCUGCUGUGUAUCUGGUGGGGCAGGGAAAUGACUACAUGCUCAUCAACGUCUUUCUUCAGUUUCUUCUCUGAAAUAAUAUCAGCAUUUACCAUUUUUCUUUAUCUCUUUCAGAAAAACCAUAGUCCUAACCUAAUAACUUCACCCUUCUAUUGAUCCUUGUAAUCUCACCCUAUAAAACCCCUCCCUACCACAACUUCAUCUGAUGCCUUGAGUCUUCCCCAUAACUCUUCAAAUUGCUGCUGAUAAACCUACCAACUCUGCCUAUUACUCUAAAUAACCCAACCUUAAGAAGUUCUGGUGGUUCAUAAAACCUACACCCUACUGCUCCUCUAUUUUCCUUAGAAGUCAAAAUAAUAACCCUUCCAUUCCAAUCUCCCAUUGGUCCAUAUAACCUAUUGUUCCUACUCUUUUUCCAUCAUCCUCUACUAUAUAUUACAUUUUCAGCUUUCCUUCUAAAUCAUGAAUCUUUUUUUUAACUAAAGUUUAGAUUGUGAUACCAAAGUUUUCACUCAUUUACUUCCUCCAUCAUGACUCUUCUGUGCCCACCUUAUGAAUGAUAAGAUGUGAGCCUUUUAAAAGACUAUGAAAUAUAAGGAGGAAAUAGAAGAGUUAGCACUUGACUGUGGGAUGAUGUUUAACUUGCAGAACAUUCCGUCGGUGCAGAGCCAGCACCAUUUAUAGGUGUGGUCUCUACUCAUACAGCAAUAAAGCACUCCGACCAGACUGUUGAGCAUGGGCCAUAAAGCCAGAUGGGGUGGGAGAGCUGGCCAUAUGUUAUUCUAUUUUGUUUACAAUUUUUAGUUAGACCCAAGGUGAGAGUGUGUGGAAUAUGUAGGAUUAAUAUGCAAAAUGAAGGAUGAUGGUACCCGUGCUGCGUGAAGGGAAGGUAUGGUAGUGGUAUACCAUGAAUGCAGAGUAGAUGAGGAGGAGUUGAUAGUUGUAGUUUAACUGGUAUGUAUGCAGGUGCAUGGUUUCAUUUACUGAAUGUAUGCUAGGUAUGUAUGGUAACAUAGGUAUAAAGAUGAAGGUAAGUUCAUUGUAAGAUAUUGGUGUGUAGAUAGAAAUGAGUGGGAGAUAUAAUACUAGAAGUGUAGCUGGCAUUAAGUGGCUGAUAAAAUGUUGAGUGAGCAGAUACAGUUUAAUGUUGUAUAUAAUUAUGGAUGAGUAGAUAGCGCUGAGUGGUUGAUAAAAUGUUGGGUGAGCAGACACAGUUGACUGCGGAUAUAAUUUUGGAUUUUGGGUGAGCAGAAUGAGUUGACUUGAGUGUAUCGACAAGGCUCAGUGGUAUACAGAAAGUAAAAUAUUGGGAUGAAUAGAUGAGUUUAAUGGUCUCCAGAAGGUUGGCUUGGCACAAAGAGUCAGUGGUGUAUAUAAUAUUGGUCCGUGGUAUAGUCAAGGAAAUGGGGUCCCGAGUGACGGUGUAUAUAAUAUUGGCUGUAUCAAAUGGAGAUGAGGACUAUAUACAGUAUGAGUAUGGAUAUCAGGAUUGUGUACAGAGCUGAGUGGUAUAAUUCUGAUGUCAAGAGUGUGUGUGUGCAGAUGUAAAUGAGUGGUGCAGGAACUAUCUGGUAGGCAUAUGGCAGAAUGUUGUGUGUCUAGACUGAGAUUAAAGAUUAACUGUGCAUAGAAAUGCUAAUUAUUUCAAAUGUUAUUUAUAAAAUGAAGAUGAUAUUUAUAUAGAAGUCCAUAUUAAAACAAUCCAGGAUUGACACAGAAUGAAUAUAUACUAAGGGUGCAUGGCAGCAAAAGACAACGGUGUUUGGUUUGUGUGUUUGUGUGACUGCAUGGAGGUAGGCAAUAGAAUAAGCACAGAAUUGUGUGUGAAGUACAAAGGUGGGGUCGGUGAAGAGUUUAUUAACCUCAUUUCCUGCCUAACAGGAACUCACUCCGUAUGCAAGUAAAAGUGGAAAGCACACGUUGGCACCUCCACCUUUCCCUGACUUAGUCUGUCCACUCGUCUCUCUCUGUCGCCUCUUGCAUGAUUAUGAACUGUCUCUGUGGAUAUUUCUAGUCUCUGUUGUCCUGAAAAGUUAACAUUUUUCACCUGGGGCAGGGGGAGGAAGGGACAGGCAGUUGUUUGCGUGCAUGCAAAAACAAGAACUCUGGCCAAAAAGAUACUUGUCAAAGGGCGGCCAUUUUGAAUUGAACCUGUCGAAAGAAAAGCCUAUGUCAAUAAAGCCUCAGUGUGUUGUACAUAUUAAGUGACAUGUCGAAUAAUCAAGUGUUUUUUUCCUUUGGAAGUCAUUCCGCAGCCUCGUUGAAUGUGUUAUGUCAGACGUAGAAUAGUCGAUUAUGUCAUAAAAUCAAAAUGGCUGCUUCAUCAAAGAAUGAAGAGGUGUUUCACUGUAACUAUGCAGACUCCAUUGUUUAACUCAAGGAUACAUUUGAGAAGUGGCUUAAUCUGCCUUCACCUUUAAGAAUGUACCUCUGAAUUUCACGUAUGAAUUACUUUAAAGAAAUAAAACAAGUUAUUGACUGAAUAGUGUCAUACGUUUAGUAGAACCAAGCCUGUCGUGGAAUGUGAACUCUACUUUGGACGCCAACAGCCCCACUGAGUCAAGUCUUCUUGUGUUCCCCAGAGGCAAAUUCAUAUUCUGUAUUUAUUUCUAUGUAUUUAUUCGUGGAAUUAGAUGGAUUCUAGAACUUUAAUUCGUGUAGCCUUUAGUUUUUGCUUGUGGUUGUUAAGGUAUCGGAGCCUGAAAUAGAGUUUACAAAUUAAGACCAAUGUACUAGGACGGGGCACGGGACUUUUCCAAAGAUUCCUACAAUGCAACUGAGUUCCUUUCUCAAUCAAGGAGCUAAAGGUGCUUACCUGGGGACUUCUAAGAGAUCAUAAAAGCCUUUACAAGGAAGUUGCCUGUAGAAGACAGGUUUCAAAAUGGUCGCCCUCACCAGCCAUAUUGUGUGAAUGUCCCUGAUUCCAUUGUGCGUGUGUGUGUGUGUUGUGCCUCAGGUUCCCCAGUGUCUUAACUGGCUUCCACGUCUUUGGAUUUUGCUGUAAUGUUUUCUCUGUUAGCGGCCUUGAAAUUUGCAUGUUUGUUUAAUUCGAGUGUCUCCGGUUGUGAGGAUUGUUCAAUACGAAACAAGUUUUAAAGGGGGGGGGGUCAUAGAGAGAGGGAGCGACAGAACUGGGUACAGAACAAAAUGUUGGAGUUGAUAUUAUGGAAAUUACCUAGAGCCAAUGAGCAAAUUUUGACCAAUGCGGGGGAGGGGGAUAGAUAGAGAUAUCAGGGAAACAUAUCUGGGGAUUUAUAUAAAUAUAUAUUCAAUAUUAGGGUUUAUAAUUUAUUUUUUCUUGCUCAAAUACACAACAGCA